CGCGUCCUCCUCGCUCUGAUGCAGCGGAUCGUCAGCCUCGUUGCAUGCCGAGAGCUCGGCGGCCUGGCGGCGUGCAGGCCCGGGGUCUGCGCCCGGAAGAGGGGCCCGGCCCGCAGCGGGCAGCCGGUCGAGCACCGGCAGUGGGCGGGCGUGUGUGCGCGUCCUGCGCGCACGUUCGCCGCCGAGCCCGGAGCACAAGGCCGGAGGUUCUGCAGGCGGUGGUUCGCGUUUGCCGGUCAGCAACACAGAGCUUUCAGCUCCCAGCCUGGAGCCGACGAGCCGGCGGGGAGCUCCGGCGGUCAACCCGCUAUCACUGUGGUCGGCAUCCCGGACCCGAUCACAUGGAUCCGGUGUAAAGUCGUCAUGUACCUCAUCGAUCUGUACUUCGAGUUAGACCUCAACUCUGCGGAGUUUGACAGGGGAGUAAAACAGGCUUUGGUCCACGUCUCCAACGUGAUGUCCGGUGGCAGAUACCAUGAACUGAAGGGGAUAGUGUCCAACGAGAUGGUAGAAUAUGUUGAGAAGAGGUGCAGGUCUCUCACUAAUUCUCAGAGACAGCAGCUAGCUGUCACAAUGGAUGAUAUUAUAUUUGUGCUUCCGGAGGACGUGUCUGUUGUCUUUGAUCAGUAUGGCAGAAAGUUCUGCUUCAUCGUCAUGAGGUUUUGGAUUCUGUCAACACACGAGGGCCCCGAUGACCCAGAAGGAACAAAAAUCUUCAAAGUGGGCUCUAGUGAAGACGGCAGCCCACAGAAGAAAAUUGCAACCGCUGUCUAUGAAUUCCACCGAGAGCUGACGAGGGGGGCCUCUCCCGACUGGACGGUCACGACUGUUUGGCACUGGCACUGGAAACUGGCAGAAUAAUUUGGCUCGACGCCGUGAGGCCAUUUGUCAUUCAUCAGGACACAGCAGCAGACUAGCGAUCAGCUGAAUUUAUUUAUCCACAACAACACCGAACUGGACAACAAACAAAGCGAGCAGCAGAGUGAGGAAGUGUCCAUUUGGAUCACAUGAAGCAGGACCCAAAGCCAUAGCACUGAAGCUGUGCAGACACCUGAAGACCUCAGAACUUUAUUAAUGAACCAGUUUUCCUACUUGAAAGGCAUUCUCUGAUCCUCAGAUGCCUUUAAAGCCUUCCUCCAGUGAUUUCACACAGUUGAAAACAUUUGCAAUACAGGUCAAAUUGGGAGUAACACCCAUUAAGUGUUUUAGCUGAUACAUGGACCAAGUGAUGAGGUCACUGGAGGAAGACUUUUAAACUCUUCUCCUGAAAAUCUUCUGUGUGUUACAAAAAAACCAAAAAAAAAAAAAAAACUAAUGUCAUGUACUAGCUUUUUUCACAAUUGCUCAGUCUUCCUCCGCAAAUGGAGUUUGCUUAUUUGUCACGGUGUUGGCCCAGUUGUCAUCGUGUGACCUACAGUAAGCAUGAAACUGGUUAUGGAACAAUAGAUGUCAACCGAGCCAUCUCCAUUACAACCGAUUAACCUUCAUUUGCUAAGGAAGACGGCAGGAUACGGCUGAAAGCUAUAAAAAGCAAGAAAGUGGACCAUUAGUUU